GCCUUGGUGUGCCACUGCUGGAAAGGUGGUAGAGGGAGAUGAACAGGAGAAGACGCCAAAGUUCCAAACGAGGGAAUCUCAAGGUGGUUUCACCCCAACAUCAGUGGAGUUGAGGCAGAGAGGCUGCUGCUGUCCCGGGGCCGGCAUGGGAGCUUCCUGGUGCGACCCAGCAGGAGCUGCCCAGGGGGCUUCACACUGUCUGUCAGGUGCGUGAAGGCGCCACGACGAGGUGACACACAUCAAGAUCCAAAACACGGGAGACUACUACGACCUCUAUGGAGGGGAGAAGUUUGCAACGCUGGCUGAGCUGGUGCAGCACUACAUGGGCCAGUGCGGGGGGCUGCUCCGCGAGCGCAGUGGGGCCCCCGUCGAGCUCCGGCACCCACUGGGCUGCCAGGACCCCAUAUCGGAGCGGUGGUACCAUGGGCACCUGUCUGGAAAGGAGGCUGAGCAGCUGCUGAUAGAAAAAGGACGUCCGGGCACCUUCCUGGUGCGGGAGAGUCAGAGCAAACCUGGGGACUUCGUGCUGUCAGUGCUCACGCAGCAGCCGGACAAGGCAGACCGCCGGCCACGAGUCACGCACAUCAUGAUCCGCUUCCAGCCGGACGGGAUGUAUGACGUGGGAGGCGGGGAACGCUUCGACACUCUCAGAGGCCUGGUGGAGCGCUACACGAAGAACCCCAUGGUGGAGAAGUCAGGGGCUGUCGUGCACCUCAGGCAGCCCCUCAAGACCACGAGGAUCAAUGCUGCAAGCAUCGAGAGCCGAGUACAGGAACUCAGCAGGGCCACGGAUGCCAGCGAGAAGGCCAAGCAGGGCUUCUGGGAAGAAUUUGAGAUGCUGCAGCAGCAGGAAUGCCGGCUCCUGUAUCCCAGGAAGGAGGGACAACGGCUGGAGAACAAACCCAAGAAUCGCUACAAGAACAUCCUUCCGUGGGGUCAGCAGGCAAGGAGGCAGGUGGGGCCCCUCCCUCCCCCUGGAGAUCUGAGCAGCAUCUCCCCCUCCCCAGUUGAUACCACCCGUGUCACCCUGCAUGACGUGGACGACAGUGUGCCUGGAGCCAACUACAUCAACGCCAACUACAUCAGGAGCGAUCCAGAAGAGAAGGACGGCCACGGACAGGGCAAGGUAUACAUCGCCACCCAGGGCUGCCUGCAGACCACAGUGGCUGCCUUCUGGGCGAUGGUGCACCAGGAGAACACACGUGUCAUUGUCAUGGCCACAAGGGAGGUGGAGCGAGGCCGGAACAAAUGUUUCCGAUAUUGGCCAGAGCUGCAUGGCAGCCAAGAACAUGGCCGUGUGUGCGUCUGCAACUUGGCUGAGUACCAGGCCCAGGGCUACUGUGUGCGGGAACUGCAGGUGUGGCGGCCAGAUCAGGAGGAGCCACGGCGCACAGUGAAGCACUACCAGUACUUCAGCUGGCCAGACCACGGGGUCCCGGCUGAGCCGGUUGGCGUCCUUGGCUUCCUGGACGAAGUGAACAGGGCACAGAGCAGCAUGCCAGGGGCUGGACCCAUGGUGGUGCACUGCAGCGCCGGCAUCGGACGCACAGGCACCAUCAUCGUGAUUGACAUCCUGGUGGACGUCAUCCGCAGGCAGGGUCUGGACUGCGACAUCGACGUGCCCAAGACGAUCCAGCUGGUGCGGCGGCAGCGCUCGGGGAUGGUGCAGACCGAGGCGCAGUACAAGUUCGUGUACCUGGCGCUGCAGCGGUACAUCCAGAGCGAGCAGCUGCGGCUGCGCGAGCAGGCGGGGGCAGGGCUCCCCCCGACCCCUCCGACCCCCGCCUCCCGGCGCCCGCCGUCCGAAGAGCACGACUAUCUGAACGUGGGCAUCGCGUCAGCGGACCCGGGCCGCAGCCCUGGACCCGCGUCGUCUCGGGCACCGGCGGCGACCCCGGAGGGCCCCAGCGGCCUGUACGAGAACCUGCGGGGCCUUGGGCGGUGAGGGGCUGCGCCGGAGGCGGGAGCCCGCGGUCCUCGAAAAGACAAGACUGUUGAGCGCUGUACUGACUGGAGCCUGUCCCUGAGUGUGGGGGAGGGGUCCAGGAACCCUCAGACCCUCCUGACCCGGCCUGGAUGCCUAGAAGUGGGCGGGGCAGCCGGGAGCGCCCCUGCCCUUUCUGGGGCUCCCAGGCGAGGGAAGAGGGGGAGACAGGGCUUCAGGGCAGAGGUUUGUCGCCCGCUGGGAGGCCACCAGUCACCACCUGCACAACACAGUGACCAGUGUGACCCCAUGUGGGCCGCGUUUGAGUGUCGGCCUGUAUGUGUGACAUGAGUGACCGAUGAGCAAGUGGCCAGUCUGUGCUUGACCUGACUGCAGCCAUCAGUGUUGGUGCCCCGCUCCGCUGCAUCCUAAGCCCGUCCCCCGCCCCCAGCUGCUCUUCCGCCAGACCCACAGCACAGGCUGCAUGUAGACAAACGCUUAUUUAAUUAGGGAAUGUGGGAAAUGCCCAUGUGAGUGCGUGUGCAACGUCAUGUGCCUGGGCAGGCUCUCAUGUGUGCAUGACUGGUGUGUGUGUGAUGGGUGUGAUGUCGCUGGCAUGUAGUCUGUGGUCACACCCUCCCAACACGGAAGGGCCUGUGGCUUUGUGGUAUUCUCAAUAAAAUGCCUCAUUCUCA